GGGCGCCCAUGUUUAGGGGCGGUGGCCGCGGCACCUCCCGGGGGCCCCGGCGCGGAGGCGGCGGCGGGCAGCAUGGAUACCAUGGAGUAUGCACAGUUCAUGAGACAAGCUGGGAACCAGGAUUUUAAAAAUGGAAAUUACUCUUUGGCCAUCAGAAAGUACGAUCAAGCUCUAUAUAUGCUCAACUGUUUAAUACAAUGGGUCCCGUGUUCCAGGGACAUAGCUGUGUUACACUGCAACAAAUCCACUGCCUUGUACAGCCUCGGUAAAUGGACAGAAGCAGUGUUUUCAGCCUACCAGAGUUUACACUGGGAUCCGGAGUAUGUCAAGGCUUAUUAUCGAGCUGGCCACUCACUGAUCAUGUUAUCAAAAUCUUGUGAAGCGAUUUCUAUGUUUCAUAAAGGUUUGAUUCUCCUGAGUGCUUCGGCCGAUCGAACUCAAAUCUCUGACUUCAUAGCAGGAAUCUUCAUAAGUGUCAAUGAUGAGCGAGUCUUUCCACCAAGUUUUCCCCCUGCAUAUGACUAUAUUUUCAGCGCAAGGUUCGAUGCCCUCAUCUGGCAAGCUGUGAUAGAAAGGCUGGCCCAGAAAGGGAAGUGGCGGUCUUGUCUUCUGUUGCUGUCCGAGAAGAAAGCAUUGCCUGCCAAUCUCAGAGUCAACCAGGUAUCCCUGAGGAAUCUCUUUGAGACUUCUGAGUUGUAUGGGCGUGGUGAGAAGAUGCAAGAAGUAGCGGAGUUAGUCAAGUGGCUGAUUUCCGUGGGGGCAAAAGCUGAAACCAUUGGAGUGUAUCUGCUUCAUGCUGUGAUCAGACUGUGUAUCAGAGCAAGAAAGAACAAUCUCUUCAGGUGGUUACUGACUCAGAGGCCAGACUUGAAGGAUAGGAUCAACCAGCGCGACAGAGAUGGAUGCACCCUCCUGCAUGUUGUGGCAUCUUCCAGUGAAUACUCCCAGAAACGCAGCCAAACAGAAGAUGUGAUCAUGCUCCUGAAUUUUGGGGUUGAUCCCACUGUUCCAGAUGCACGGUCAAGAUACGUCAUAGAUCUCUUGAAAAAGAACAAAAACUUCAAUGCUGUAAAAGCAGUCAACAAUCACAUUGAGAAACACCCUUCCUCUGAGAAAAGGACAGGGGGGAAUGAAAGCAGAGAUGUAGCUGAUACAGAUUCUCUCCAGAAUGUUCUUGAGCAGUUCGUCCAGUUCUACAAAUUUGAGAAUGGAGCACAUAAUAAAAAUGUAUGGAAGGAAGAUGCAGUUAAGCAAUUUCUGAAAGUGCUGUCUUCUGUGAAAGAAAUCCCUGAAGGGGUGGUUUGCAACAUCUCCCAUGCCUGUGCCAACAGCUUCGUAAAACAGUUGCUGGAGAAGCAAAUGUGGCAGAGAGUUUUGCUGCUGCUGACAGGGAAAGCCAGUGGGGAAGAGCUGUCGGGGGGAGGACUCUUCAAAAACUGCGAUCUUUCAGACGUGGACAUCGGCAAUGUUAUCCAGCAGUGUGACAGAUGGGACAAGCAAGAGAACCUCAUAAGAUGCUUGAUCGAACGAGGAGCUCUGCCAGAUGGGAUUGGAACCAGCUCUGAAAUACCGCUGCAAAUCUGCCUCCAAAAGAAUUACUUUGAACUGGCAUAUUUGCUGCUCACCAAAGGUGCCGAUCCUCGAAAUGUCUCCGUUGCACCAGGAGAUAGUCCUUUGCAUGCUGCGGUUUCCAUCUGUUUAAAUAAUAAAGGUGGUACUGGUUUAAAUAUCCUGAACUAUCUACUUGAUCUCUUUGCUUCAAGACCUUCUGACUUCCCCUAUCUUAAUCCAAAUGUGCAAGAUGAGGAUGGAAAUACAGUGAUGCAUGUUGUUUUUCAGAGAGGGUUUUCGAAACAGGCUAAGAAAAUAAUGGAGUCGCUGGCAAAAUUUGAUGUUAACUUUAAUAUAAAAAACAAACAUGGAAGAGAUGUGAGGCAUAGAAUUAAAAAAAAUGACCCACUGCUACUUGCCUGGAAUAAUGCUGCACUGGAGAAAAAAAAGUACCGGCAGGAUAUAGCAGGGCAGUCGGUUAAAACAUCAAAACCCAUUCCAGCCUCUGAGAUUCCCCAGCCAAAGAGCACAGGGCGUUCUGCAUCUGCGUCCUCAUUAAAGGCUCCAUCUGGCAACGCAGCACAGGAUGAUUUAAAAGCUUCAUGUUCUGUAAAGACAAAAAAAGGUCAGCUGGCAAAGCAAGAAACAGAAAGCAUAAAUAGCCCAUUAACGUUGCGAGAAACUUUAGUGCAGGCAAUCACAGCUUUAAUUCAGCAAUUGAAAUUGGGUGACACUCUGAGAAAGGAUCACCCUCUGGUACAAAAGCCAUCUUCAGCCCGGAUUAAUUUGGAAGAGGGAAGAAGCGAGUCCUCGCAACCUUGUGGGAGCACCUCUUACCCUGAAAGAAAAGGGGAUGAUUGGGAGAAAAAGAAGAGAGCAGCGGAAUUUAGUAUGGCCCUGCCUAAUGGAGAGAAGGAAGAACCAGAGGAAGAGAAGGGGAAGAUUCUGGAUAUUGAGGCAUAUGUGCAGGAGUUUGAUAACAUGACCUGGGAAAUAGAGUGCACUCCUGAAAUGCUGAAGACGUUGGGCAGCAAAGCUGUGCCUCAUUACCUGAAAACUAAAACUAUAGAGACAAUUAAGCGGCUUGGCAACGGGGAAUGGACUAGGGGCCUUCAGAAGCCACUGAAAAACUUGAAAGCCAAUAUCCAGCUGUAUGAAGCCAAGUUGGGCAAGGGUGCAAGAAUGCUAUGGGAACUUGCGAUUGACUUUUCUCCUCGUUGCAGCGAGAGUGCGGAAAAAAUUAUGGAGACGGAACAGGCAAAAAGUCUUCCAGAAAAAUCGGGUAGAGUUUAUACAGAAAUAAUCAGAAUUUGGGCCAUUGUUCUCGACCACUGCAAGCUGGACCGUGUCUUAGAUAAUAUAUGUAUUUCUUACAAUCGGGGUUUAUCCUGCAUCUUGAGGAAAAAGCUAAAGGGCAUAAACGAAGGGCAUCAGAACCACAGUGUGACAACGGAGAAGCGCGUUCCACGUUGUUACGUUGAAGACCUAGAGGCAGGAAAAUCAAAAGAACGUCCCAUACCUGAGUAUUUCCCUCCAGCCAGUGCAGCAGAAUUAGAAUACAAUAUCAUGAAAUUUCACAGCUUCAGUACUAACAUGGCGCUUAACAUUAUAAAUGAUGUCCAUUCUUCUGUUGAAUACCCUUUCCGAGUUGGGGAGUUGGAGUAUGCAGUAAUUGACCUCAAUCCAAAGCCCAUGGAACCAAUCAUUUUAAUUGGGCGAAGUGGGACGGGGAAGACAACUUGCUGCUUGUACAGGCUUUGGAAGAAAUUCUAUUCAUACUGGGAAAAAUCCACCUUGGCGAAUGGUCCUCUGCUGGAGAGGCAAACGUGGCAGCAAAGACAGUGCAGUGAGGUUGAAAAAGCAAGGUUGGAGGAGGAAGAGAGUGAACUGAACCAGGACAGUGGUGAUUCGAGUGAGGAGCAGGUGAGUGAUGAUCAAGAGCAGGGCAGCGAGGAUGAAGAGGUUCCUGUGGGCACAGCCAGUGCAGAAGCCAAUUUAUGUCAUGACCAUAAAGAAGACCAAAGGCAGAUUAGCGCAGAAGCAUCAAACCAGCUGGAGCAUCUGCACCAGAUUUUCGUGACCAAAAAUCCUGUCUUGUGCCAAGAAGUUCAGAAGAAUUUCAUUGAACUUAGCAAGUCUUCCAAGGUAACCAGUCACUUCAAGCCUCUGGAGCCAAAUGUUCACAAGCUACAAGACAUUAAAGACGAAAAUUUUCCGCUGUUUGUCACCUCCAAGCAGUUGUUGCUGUUACUGGAUGCAUCCAUGCCUGACCCCUUUUUUCUGAGAAAUGAAGAUGGAAGUCUUAAAAGAACCAUUGUUGGUUGGAGUCCUCAGGAAGACUUGGUUGUACCAAAUUGGCAAGAUGAGGAUGAAGAAGGUAAUGUUGAAGCAGAACGUGGUGAUGAUGAAGGAACUGCAGAUGUAUAUUCUAGGGAAAGUGAUCCUCGGACUUUUGUGACUUACAAUGUAUUUGCAAAUGAAAUAUGGCCAAAAAUGAUAAAAGGUAAAAGCAUGUACAAUCCAGCACUGGUUUGGAAAGAAAUAAAAUCAUUUCUGAAAGGCUCUUUCGAGGCACUGAGUUGCUUUGGGGGUGAACUUACUGAGGAGCAGUACAAAAAGCUAGGCCGAAAGAGAUCACCGAACUUCACAGAAGACAGGAGUGAAAUCUAUCACCUCUUUUGUCAUUAUCAGCAGAUACGAUCUCAGAGAGGUUACUUUGAUGAAGAAGAUUUGCUGUAUAAUUUAUCUCAAAGACUCUCAAAGCUCGGGGAGCUGCCGUGGUCCAUCCAUGAGUUUUAUGGUGAUGAGAUACAGGAUUUCACCCAAGCUGAGCUAGCGCUGUUAAUGAAAUGCAUCAAUGACCCUAAUGCCAUGUUCCUAACUGGUGACACUGCCCAGAGCAUAAUGAAAGGAGUUGCUUUUCGUUUUAGUGAUCUGAGGUCCCUGUUUCAUUACGCAAGCAAGAACUCCAUGAACAAGAAGCAGCGUGUUAGGAAACCAAAAAGGAUAUAUCAGUUGUACCAGAACUACAGGUCCCAUUCAGGUAUUCUCCAUUUAGCAUCUGGAGUGGUUGAUUUGCUUCAGCAUUAUUUCCCAGAAUCUUUUGAUCGGCUUCCUAAGGACCGCGGUCUCUUUGAUGGACCAAAACCUACAGUCUUGGAGUCCUGCAGUGUUAGUGACCUAGCAAUUCUGCUGAGGGGCAACAAAAGGAAAACACAACCCAUUGAAUUUGGAGCACAUCAGGUGGUAUUAGUGGCAAAUGAAACUGCAAAGGAGAAGAUACCCGAGGAACUUAGUUUAGCGCUUGUACUGACAGUUUAUGAAGCAAAGGGCUUGGAAUUUGAUGAUGUACUCCUUUACAACUUUUUCACAGACUCAGAGGCUAGCAAAGAAUGGAAGAUCAUUUCUUCUUAUGCUCCUGAUUCGGAUGUGCAAGUAGGAAACAAGUUGCUAAUUGAAAUGCCUUUAGAGGAUGGUACUGGUAUGCAGAAAAGAACUCCUUUUAAUAUAGAAAUGUACAAGAUGCUGAAUGGAGAACUAAAGCAAUUGUAUACUGCUAUCACAAGAGCCAGGGUCAAUCUUUGGAUUUUUGAUGAAGACAGUGAUAAACGGGCUCCAGCUUUCAAGUAUUUCAUCAAAAGAGAAUUAGUUCAGGUUGUCAAAGCAGAUGAAAAGAAAGACUUAGAUGACAGCAUGUUUGCUAAAACUUCAACUCCAGAAGAAUGGAUUGCACAGGGAGACUACUAUGCCAAACAUCAGUUCUGGGAGGUGGCAGCCAAGUGUUACCAAAAGGGAGGAGCAGCUGAGAAGUCAAAACUGGCCCUGGCCCAUGAUGCUGUUCUCAAAGUGCACUCCAAGAAAAGCAGCCCCAGGGAUAAACAGAUGGAGUAUAUGACAUUGGCUAAAACUUAUUUGGAGUGCGGAGAACCAAAAUUAUCACUAAAAUGUCUGUGUCAAUCAAAGGAGUUCUGGCUUUGUGCGGAAUUGUGUAAAAAGCUAGGAAAGAUGAGAGACGCUGCAGUUUACUAUCAGAAAUGCCAGUCCUACAAAGAAGCAUCUGAAUGUUAUGAACAAAUUGAGGAGUUUGAUCUGGCAAUUAAAAUGUAUUGUCAGGAAGAACUCUAUGAAGAAGCAGCAAAGGCAGUUGAAAGAUAUGAAGAGAUGUUGAAUACAAAAGGACAGAUGGUUUCCAAACUCUCAUGUACAGCAAAUCAAUUGUAUUUGGAAGCAGCCGCCAAGUACCUGGGUGGGAACAGAACGGAGGAAAUGAUGCGAGUCCUCUCAAAACUGGAUACAGAGGAUCAGCUCGAGUUCCUGAAGUCUCGCGGGUGCUUGCGCCGAGCAGCGGACUUGCUGAAAAGGGAAGGUCGAGAGGAAGAAGCUGCAAAGUUAAUGAAACAACACGGGUUUGCUCUGGAAGCAGCCAACCUCACAGGUAGCAAAGAGUUCCGGGCGUCGUGUUUGCUUGCGGCAGCCCGUGCCCGCCUGAGCCGCUCCUCGGAGUCAGACCUGGCCGACUUGGAGGUCAUCCUAAGAGAAGCCCUGGAACUUUGUGAACAGACCGAGCACAAGUCUGGCAUCGCUGAGGCUGUGUUUUUGCAGGGAGCUCUGAAGGGAGACUUCGCAAAGCUGAGCAGCGCGUACUGUUGGUUCCUCUCUCUGAACCAUUCUGCUGGUGCAGUUGAAGCUCUCUUUGCGUUAUCGCGGUGCGGUGCUCCUAGCCAGGACAUCCUUUUUAUGGCACCGCGCGGCUUAAUGGCUCUUCUGAGUCUGGUUAGGGGUUUGAAGAAAGCAGCUACCAAUGCAGAGAAAGAUAUGGUGAAGUCAUGCUUUGCCUAUUUUGGGAUUGUCCCCACAGGUGACAGUUGCCAGGUGUCACAAAACGAAGCUGAACCCAUUCUCAAGUUUUUGUUAGACAAGCCAAGCCUAAAAGAGAGGAAGACCAAAGGUGAUUUCUCAGUAAGCACAGAGGAGGUGAAAUCAGCUUUGAAACAGCACUUGUUGAGCAGGUUGUGCUCUAUCACCCAUGAGUUGCUGAAGAAGCAUUACCCUGCUAUUUGUACCAAGUUCAUUGCUGGCUUGAACUGUAAGGAUAAAACCUGUGAGGAUUACCAUAAGCCCUUGUUGCGCCACGAAGCAAAGACAAUAUUUCAGUGUAAAAUGCAUCUGCUGGCAGUAAACGGGCUGCUGUUGGAAGCCACGCGCGCUUUCCCUAAAGAGCUAUUGAAUCAGUGCAAAAGCUUAGAUGACAUUUUGACUGCUGACAGAUACGCAUCUUGCAAAGCCCUCCUAGAAAUGUUUUUUCCUACUCAUUUUCAUUUGAGAAUACUGUCUGAGAACCACAAGGCGUGCAAAGAAAUACUGGAGUUCAGUAACGUCAUUUCCAAACCCUGUAGAGCAAUGUUGAAGGAGUACAUUGCAUUUAAGUUUAGAAACAAAGGCACGGCAGCCAGGAGAGAGUCGACUGACUUGUGGCUCAGUGCCAUGCAAGUUUUCAUCUUAUCUUCGGGAUAUCCUGAAGAAUUCGAGAAACUUCUUUUUAAGGAAGAGGAGGAUUAUAACAGAGAGCUAAACUUCGCUUUGUCAAAGGCAAAAAACUCCCCAAAGAGUAAAGGCAAAGGAGGAAAGGCCAAAGGCAUAGAGGGCAGACAUGGUAUGUUGCUACCUGAUAAAAAUGCUGAAAACGCAGGGAGAACGCAUUUGUGCUUCAUUCGGCUUCUUCAAAAUUCACUCGAGCAGUUCUAUGUUCAUAAGAACCCAGAAAACUGUAAAAGGUUUUUUUUCCGUUUUAUGAAUGUCCUGGUCAAGAAAUGCACCGAAUACCUGGUUCCAAGCAUAGGAAACACAGUGAUGCUGUUGGAAUUCCAGUAUAUUCUCUGUUGUGCUGUUCUGCUGCGUCUCUCCAAGAACGUUACUCUCUGCUUUCCCAAGAGUUACAUCGCUCUCAUUCAUUACUGGGAGUUUUUGUUCAGAAGCAAAGACCAUAACAGAGAACUUAAAGACACGUUUUCUAUUAUACAGGAGUACAGACCGAAGGACCCCUAUGUAGCCGUGCAGAAUUUCAGGUUUCAUCUCUCUUACCUAACAGAGGUUUUGUCUGGAGUCAGCGGAAGGUUCAAUGUCCUUCUGGAUGCUUUCAAGGAUCCCGAUUGCGUAACUUCAGGGGAGGCUGAGCGGACUGUUGUGCUGUGCUUGGUGAUGUUACUGAAUGCUGACCAGGUGCAGAAUUGUAAGUCUAGAUUCUUCUUAAGCCAGCGCUUUACCGAAAUCGAGGCGAUGCUCAAAUCAAUGAGGAAGGACUCUCCCUCUAAAGUUCCUGAAAGAUUGCUAAGGGUUGUGGAACAAGUGAGUAAUGCUACACACGUAAGAGAAAUCGCUGCAGGCCUGCAAGAGCUGCUGAUAAAGCGAGAUGCAGAGCACUUGGUUGACUGCAGGUGGAAGUGGGACACUGUGUACACUCAGGGGCAUCCACCCAUACGGGGCAUCCUGUACGAGCCCGUCAACCUUGACAGGUUUAUGACCUCGUUGGAUAGGACAGAAUACAUGGACGAGCUAGAAAAGGAACUUGAAAGGGUUCCUUGGUCAGAGGACCAAAAAGAUCUCCUGGAAGUCAUUGCACUCAACAAGCAGCAGAAGCAAGAGCAGAAAGCAUCUGCUCAACGCCAGCUGCGUCGUGUCUUCCAUUUUGUUUCCUUGUGCAUGAAGUGGAAAAGGAAGGCCUGCUCCAAAGCUGAGCCUGUGGCCAUGGAAGGAGAGGAAUUUUUAUCAGAGAUCUUCAAAAAAGCAGAUAUUGACCAAACCCAGUGUGACCUCUGUGGAGUCAGGUUUACCCAGAGCUCUGAGAACUACUUCAGCCGGUCAGAAAACAUGGAGGCGGACACGUCUGAAGCCGUGACACUGACGGAGAUCGGCGGGGAAGAAAAGUUGCCUGCAGAAGGAAAUGCAGUUUCUGUGGCCAGUGAGACUUACACGGGGCACAGGAACACGGAUAAACACAGAAAUAAUAGCACUGCCUACAAAUACUACGCUGACUUUUUCAGAAGAAAGAUCGAUCCAAUAAUACAUGAUGGACGGGAAGUAGUGGAGGCCAUUACAGAAAAGACUUGCACCCGAGACCAUUUAGCCUAUAAAGAAGGUUCCAACUUAUGCCAGAGGAAAAUCAAAGAGAAUAUUAAGAAGAUUUCAGACGCAGUGGGGGAAAUCUAUGAGAGAAAAGCCUGGGCUAGAGCUGAAGAAAUAAUAAGCAAACACGCCAGCAAAUUGGUUACCACCAUUGAUGAGGCUCACGAGUGGCUGAAGAAGAUGGAGUCUCAUAGGAUAAAGGAAGGCUUUGUGCACAACACAGACUUCGAAAAUGAAGUGGAAGAUGAAAGCAUGGCUUUUGAAGAACUCUUCUAUAAAAAGCUCUCAAGAAAAAAAGGAAGAUGUGGGAAGUAGUAAAUAGAAAAAAAAUAUACAGGUGGCUGUUCUAUCCUCUUAACAAUCGAAUUUUAUCAUUUAAAAAAGGGUUAAAAAGAGAAAUAGGGGGAUGGGGUCAGAAAUGGGAAGAAUCUGAAGAAAAAUACCAACUUAUGCUGUUGUUUCUUUGUCACUUGUAUCAGAAUGAUUUCCUGUGUGGUGAUGAUGUAACUGUUAAAACCUAUGACAGGACAAAUUUCCUUUUAAAUCGAUGUGGUAGCUUGAAAGAAACAAAAAAGCCAAAGAAACAAAUGUGUGGGGGGAAAAAAAUAUGUUUCUGCGUUAUCUCAGGGGUAUUUUUCCACUCAAGUCUUCUUUUUUUUUUUUCUUCCCUGUAAAUUUACAUCAUCAUUCUUCUGAGCUGGAACACUCAUAAAAAUAGAAGGAUAGUUUCUCUAUCUUAAGAGGUUUUAAUUGGUGUUUUUAGGUUACCAUUGUAAACCUGCUGUAUUUUAAGUCUUGUUACCUUUGGAAAUUUUUGAGUCUUCAGGUGAGGUACUUACAGUAUUUCCCUUUUCUAUUUUUAUAGACAAGAACAGUAAUUUCUAAACACAUUCAUAUUUUUUGACAGUGUACGUACUUCUAAUUAGAUAGGUAUGAAAGUUAUUAAUUGCUUUCUAUUUGAAUAAGUUUUGAUAUAAACUGCUACCUGUACAUAUGGAAAUAUAGAUAAUCUUUCUAUAAAAGUGUGUUAAAUUUUAAGCGUUUUGUAAGUUUUAAUCGAUAAAAGGCUUUUUGUUAUGUAUAAUGACGUUUUUAUAAAACCUGUAAGAUUUUUAAAA